CGCAGAUUCGCACAGACUCACAUACACGUUGAGACAGACUAACACACGUACAAUGCUACAGGAAUCAUGCGUACGUGCACACAUUUCCCCAUUCAAACAAUUAUGCGCAUUCCAUCGGCUGAUCAAUAGUUUAUUGAUUGGCUCAGCUAAUAGUUUUUUGUUGUUGUUGUUGUUGUAGAUUUUGAUAUCCAAUUCAAAUGUUGAGAGGCUGCCUGACUACCAUUGACGAGACAGAUCUAGGCUAAUUCCGAGAAGGAAGAUGAGAGGACGCUACUCAGAUGUGUAACAGGCUCGGGCGAUGUUUUUUUUUGCUACAAUCUGCUCCUCGUCGAUUUUCAAUCGUCUGCAAUUUUGACAUUAAAACGCUCUCGAUGUUAAUCCGAAGGAAUAUGUGAAGAUCAUGCUGGCGGUGUGGUGCUUGGUCUUUGCUGCAGUGGGCGAGAGGCUGGUCGUUUCAGGCGGCGUAAGGGAUUUUGCGCGGGAUGCAGGUGUGUGGGAUUGGUUCCCGCUUGUGGAACGGGGAGACGGCAGCGACAGUGCGGCCGAAGUUACCUAUCCAAAGCGGCUGCUGCAGCAGAUGAAGUCGGGGAAGGAAAUGGCCCACGGCUAUUUGAGUACCAGAGCGAAGAACAGCAGCGGAGGAGGAGACACGUCGACCGUCCAUGUGGCCCACAGCAGUUUCCAGGUGGCAGCCUUCGGACUCACCUUCACACUGGACCUCGAGCUAAACCAUCAGUUCUUGUCUUCAGAAUAUGUGGAGCGACACUUUGACCACGACGGCAGGCCCUCCCAGUCUCUGGGAGGGGAGCACUGCUACUACCAGGGGAGGCUGCGAGGUCUGCCCGAGUCCUGGGCUGCCCUCUCCACCUGCCAUGGCCUGCGUGGGAUGUUCUCAGAUGGGAUGUUCUCCUAUGGGAUUGAGCCUGUUCUCAACGGGAGCAGUCAGGACGAUGGAGCUCACCUCAUCCACAGGAUGCCUGAUGUGAGACUGUCUCCUGACUGUCCAGAUUGCACAGAGGGCAGUGAGGGGGUUAGUGUGGGGGGUGAGGAUGGUGCUGGUGAUGAAGCAGGCCAGGUGGAGCAGCGGGGGGGCCCGGGGGCCCUGAAGCGCUCUAAGAGGCAGGUGCGCAGGCCCACCGUGCAGACGGAGACCAAAUACAUAGAGCUGAUGGUGGUCAACGACUAUGAAAUGUUUGGGCAGCUGCGCCGGUCCACCACCCAGACCAGGAACUUUGCCAAAGCAGUGGUCAACAUGGCGGACGCGAUCUACAAGGAGCAGCUCAACACUCGCAUUGUCCUGGUUGCCAUGGAGACCUGGUCCUCUGCAAACAUGGUGUCCGUGGUGGCGGACCCCUUGACGACGCUGCAGAACUUCAUGAAGUACAGGAGGGAGAGCAUCAAGGAGCAGAGCGACGCCGUGCACCUCUUCUCGGGGCGUACGUUCCAGAGCAGCCGCAGUGGCACUGCCUACACCGGCGGGGUGUGCUCUCCGGCCAGGGGAGGGGGCAUCAACGAGUACGGGAACGUGGGCUCCAUGGCCAUAACUCUGUGCCAGAGUCUGGGCCAGAACAUCGGGAUGAGGUGGAACAACGCACGCAACUCUGCAGGCGACUGCAGGUGCCCUGAUGCUUGGCUGGGCUGUAUCAUGGAAGACACGGGUUACUACCUACCCCGCAAGUUCUCUCGCUGUAGUGUCGAUGAGUACACCCAGUUCCUACUGCAGGGGGGCGGUAGCUGCCUCUUCAACAAGCCCAGCAAGCUGUUGGACCCUCCGGAGUGCGGGAAUGGCUUUGUGGAGCCGGGGGAGGAGUGUGACUGUGGAUCUCAGCUGGAGUGCGCCCGCAGCGGAGGGCCGUGCUGUAAGAAGUGCACGCUGACCCAUGAUGCCAUGUGCAGUAAUGGACUGUGCUGUAGUGGGUGCAGGUAUGAAUUUAGAGGGGCGGUGUGUCGUGAGGCUGUCAACGACUGUGACAUCCCAGAGACCUGCACCGGAGACUCUAGUCAGUGUCCACAUAAUGUGCAUAAACUGGACGGAUACAUGUGUGACAGCACUCAGGGUCGUUGUUAUGGAGGUCGAUGCAGAACUCGUGAUGGCCAGUGCAGAGGACUGUGGGGAUACAAUUCAGCCGACCGCUUCUGUUACGAGAAGCUGAAUGCUGAGGGCACAGACAAGGGCAACUGUGGUCUCGGCCCUGAGGGACGGGGGUGGCUGCAGUGCAACAAGCCGGAUGUGCUGUGCGGCUUCCUGUUCUGCGCCAACAUGACGGUGAAGCCAAAGUUUGGGGAUUUGCAAGGAGAGGUGACCAGCCUGACUAUAUAUCACCAGAACAAGUACCUGGACUGCCGAGGCGGCCACGCGCUGCUGGAAGACGGGUCGGACCUGGGCUACGUGGAGGACGGGACGCCCUGCGGCCCCAACAUGAUGUGUCUGGAGCGCCGCUGCCUGGCCGUGGGCGCCUUCAACCUGAGCACCUGCUCAGGAUCCGCCUUCGGACACACCUGCUCCGACCACGGGACCUGCAGUAACGAGGUGAAGUGUAUCUGUGACAGGGACUACACGGGGAAGGACUGCAGUGUGUUUGACCCCAUCCCUGACCCCACCGUCUCUUCCGGCCCAGAGAAGAAAGGAACAUCCGGAGAGGAAGAUCUGGCGGCGGAUAAGAUGCCAGCUCGUCUUUCCCUCUUCAUGUUUGUCCCGCCUGUCUUCCUCUCACUGUGUCUUUUCCACAUCGGAGAAAAGGGGAUCAAGAAGUCUUCCACUCCUGUCCUGAAACUGUCAAACCCUCUCCGGAUGAUAACAUACCUUCUCCUGUCCACUUCCUGUCUACUUCCUUUUUUCCCGUCUCUCCAAACCCACCCCCUUCUGAGCGUCUGUAGCUCCUCCCAGACACCGCGGUACCAGCCAAUCAUAUCUCAGCCCAGUGGCAGCUGCCAGCGGACCACACACCAGUGCGACUGUGUCUUCACUUCCCUUUCGUUCCGACAGUCUCAAGAAGAACAUAUCAGUGGUGGACCGAUUCAACCAGAGACCUGUCCUUCCAAUGUCAGCCUGCCUGCCUGAAAACAAAAAUCACAGGUGGGAUUGACCGGCCGUGGGAUGGGCUAUAAUCCAGUCCUAAGUAAACAGAGCCAGCUGCUCUGUCUCUGUGAAGAGGACCUGAGGCCAGAGUGGUGGACUGGCCCUGUCAGGGGGCACCACGGAUGGCUGAUCAGCUGCUAAGCGAAGAGACUGUUCAAACAACAAGGACGGAAUUGAAAGGGUGUAGAGUACAGGCCCGGUACAGGCCUUUUUCCAAAGAUACAAUGGAGCUUGGACAAUAAAUCAUUCUUAGCUGAUAUCAGAAUGAUUUUGACAGAGAAUGAAUAUACCCGUAUAUGGUACCUGGGCUGACAUGGGUAUGUAUUUGUUUAUUGUAAGUUAAGUGUUUGGGGGCAUUUACCCCUCUCCCCCACACACUAACACACACAUCCUUUUAAUGUGUUAGAACAGGGCCAGGUAUUAUGGUUUUGGGAUCAUGUUAAGAGUCUGAACUUAGCACUGGGGGUCAGAUGGCUGAGCGGUUAGGGAAUCGGGCUACCAAUCAGAAGGUUGCCGAUUCGAUUUCAGGCCGUGCCAAAUGACGUUGUGUCCUUGGGCAAGGCACUUCACCCUACUUGCCUCAGGGGGAAUGUCCCUGUACUUACUGUAAGUCGCUCUGGAUAAGAGCGUCUGAUAAAUGACUAAGUAUAAUAUAGCAGCAGAGACCGCAACUUAGUGUUUUCAGCCGCAGACCUGUCAACGUAGUACAUUCCACACCUAGUGUUAACAAUGCCUGUUAGUGUCUGUAGCCUACUCACCACCUCUCCAGGCCCCAAGUGUGAAUGUUAGCGGAGGUUCAGUGUGUCUGUGUGAAUGUAUGGUGUUUUUAGAGCUAGGAAGAACGGAUGAAUGUUCACCUUGACACUCCUGCCAACACGUGGAGGUUUUUACAUCUAGACAUGUUUUCUGUGACCUGUGCUCUGCCACCAUGACAACACAUGAACAAAAAAUAUGUUUUAUGUCCUGUAACAUCGUAAAAACGAGCACUAGCCUACGUAUGUGUGUUCACGUACGUACGCACACCUAUUUGUACAUACUUGCAAAAUAGUGACGUUGAUACACUGUAUGUUAAUGAAAUCGAUGAUUUAAAUGCAACGUUAUAAUUCAUUAAUUUGAUCUGUUUUCGACGAGCAUUGAUCUGUGUCUUGACUUGCAUCUGUAAAUCUCUAAUAUGGUUCCACUCAUACCUCGUCACUGUACGUGUAAAUGUGGCUGAUAAAAUAGCCACCUGGCCAUGUCGCCCUGCCAUUCCAGCUAGCGCCUAGAUCUUAAGACUUGUCUAUUUGUUACCAGCCCAUGAGCCCUCAGUGGCUGCUUCCCCAGACCCCUUGUAUUGAUCCCCAGGGUUACACUGUAAAUGAGAUUAUAGGGUUCUAGAUAAGGGUUUAGGAGAAAGCCAGAAUGACAUGGGUGGAUAUUUCGAGGUCCGUUUGAUUCUGUUGAGCUUUGCACUAUGACAGAUGCACUAUUGUCCCUACAAUAUGUACUGAGCUGGUAUUAAAUACAGUCUGUGGAAAUUAUGGUUGUUUUGCUUUCAUUUUGGAUAUGGAAAGCUGUGAAAAAAGAGACCUAGCCCAUAUUUUUAAACACUGUCUUUUUGAAUGAAUACAAAUAAAUUAUGAACAAAGCCCUGUAGAUGAAUGGAAGUAUGAAGGAAAUAAAAAAAUCUCAAAGUUAAAAC